AUGGAGACUUUCACGACUCACUCAGCUUUGACAAAGUCGGAGCUGCAAAAACGCAGACAAGAAGAGAUUAACAGUGCAUGGGGUGGCAUGAGCCUCGGUGAUGCAAUCGCAUCAGCGCCAGCUCGGGAGACUCCAAAUAGUAUGCAGUCUAAUUCUCAUGGCCCAAGAGCCAUGAGAAGAGGAGAAGCUGGCAUAAGUAUCCCUAAUGGAUCCUCUAUCGAAGCUCAAAUGGAUCAGCUGAAUGAAAAAUCUAGGCUUGAAGAAAAUUUAUUACAUAAUUAUGACCAUAUUGGUGAACCAACUGCUCUUGAAGAGGAAUAUGACCAAUAUAUUAGAGAAAAUGAAGAGGUGAAAGAUCCUUUCGAUGAGGAAGAGAAGGACCCCGAUAUUGAAUACUGGGAACAGAUGCACCAAUCAUACCAAUUGAGGCAAGAUAGGUCCUCAAGAGUGCCUCGAGUUGAUGAGAUCAAUCCUUCAACACUUCUCUCAGAUUAUAACCAAGAUCAAAGGGCUUUUCCUGUACCAGACAAUAGGACUAACCCUAUCCCUUCUGUUUCUAGAUCAAGAGGCGGGGUUGACAAUAGGCAAAUAAGCGGAAACUCGAAUGGGUACAAUAUGAACUUCAUUGACUGGAACAAUGAAGCAGAAGCAGUAAUGGAAGCACUAGAAUCAGAUGACCCUGAUGAAGAAUACAUCCGAGGCUUGCGAAACAGAGACCUACAACAGCUUUAUGACUCCUUAAUAGGCAAUGAAGAAGAGGAAGAGGUCAAAGACGGUGUGAAGGAAGAUAUAAUGAAAAAGUUUAAAGUCGUAACAAUCAGAAGUAAGAAGGAGUACUCCAAAGAUGACACUUGUCCAAUCUGUCUAUCUAACUAUGGCUAUGGACACAAAAUUAUCAAACUUCCUUGCAAACAUUUCUUCCAUGAAAAGUGAGUGAAGGAAUGGUUCUCAAAAAAGUCCUCUUGUCCAAAAUGAAGGAAGGAUUUGAACGAGUAGACCGAAAAAGGACUAAACCUGGUGUAUUUCAACUCAAAAAUAUU